GCCCCAGACCAGUGUUGACAGUAGACUGUCUACUGUCUACGGCGGAAAAAAAAAAUCUGCGAUGGAGAGUUGUGAAGUGGUGCUAAGUGUUUAAACUUGCUAAAAUAAAUUAUGGAAAGCGAUAAUCGUAAAUUCGGCUUUGCGCGAACGCCUUGUGUGUUACUAGUCAUCGGAGUCAUAAUAGGCAAUGUCUUUUUAAUAACUGGGAUCGUACUUCUAAGCAUUUCAACCGAGACUAGAGGCUAUGAAAUUAUCAACGAUUACACAGAUUGCAAAUUUUUUGAUAAUCCAAACGAAAAAUGUAAAGAUGUUAUACUGCGAGAACCAUGCGCUUGCUAUAUACAAAUAAAUAUAACAGAACGGUUGGAACCGCCUGUCACUGCUUACUAUGAAUUGGAGUCCUAUGAGUUGAUAACAGGUCCUUAUGCAAAGUCAAGGGACGACCAGCAGUUAUCAGGACAUCUUUCAGCAACACCAGCGGAUAGUUGUGCCCCUUACGCCUAUGUGCAGACCUCUGACGGUCAGAAGAAGCCGAUAGCUCCGUGCGGAGCGCUCGCCGACUCUAUGUUCAACGAUACGUUUAGUUUACAAGUAGACGGAAAUUUUGUACCAACGAAUAACACAGGUUUGAUAUCUGAUGAUGAAAAGAAGCCUUUUCGAAACCCUGAAGGAAACCUCCAAGAAGCAUUUAAACUGUUUUCGAAACCAAUCAAUUGGCAAAAGAAUGUGACUGAGCUGGAUAAGCUUCAUCCUGAGAACAACGGAUUUCAGAACGAACAUUUUAUAAUUUGGAUGAAGACAGACUUGAAACGCAAACCCGCUUGGCGUGUCAAUGUUGCCGACGAAAACUUCGCAAAUGGUCUCGCACCUGCCACCUACAAUCUACGCGUUGAAUAUGCGUAUCCCGCAUCCCGCUAUAAUGGUAAACGAUUGUUUAUAAUCAGUUCCCGUCAAGAUAUUGUAAAUAAGGCGAAACGUGAUACAGGCAUCGCCUUAUUAUGUAUUGGCCUAAUUAUUCUUAUUAUAACAAUAUCAUAUUUGCUUGUAAUAAAAUGGGAACGAUGUCGACGUUGUGUUAGAGUUGCGUAUAAAGGGCCGAUUCCAACACAGGACAAUUAAAAUUGUACCAGUCAUUAGCAAUUUGGCUCUAAAAGAAUUAUGAUAACUGUCCCGAAAAUUAUUGAAACGUACAAGCAAUAAGAUGUUACAUACGUGGAAUUUAUUUAUUGAAUUAAUUAAUAAGGUACAGAAAAGUUUUACAAAUUAACUUAUUUAUGUUAACGUUUAUCCCGCAUGCAAAAGCGUCACUUAAUGGCGUACCUACACACCAUUCAUUUCGAAAGUUACAAUCAUAGGUACAUCGCAUCGUAUUAUAUUGAAUUACAUUAUAUAUAGCCGAUAAGCUUGUUGAAAAGUGUUUUUCAUAAUAGGUAUAUUUCAUAUGUGUUUGCAUAGAAUGUAAUACACAUUUUGAAGUUUUUACUUUGUAAUAAAUAUAAACUAAAUAGUCGUGG